UUAUCAGUGUAUAAGGCUUAUCCAACGCAUGGAAGAAAUUUGCUCGUUCUCCAUUCGGUUUCAAUUCUUAUACCAGACCAGACUACCACUCUAACCCAACGUAGUCUUCAACUUCAACAUCCAUUCUUUACCUAGGCCUUUUCCUUUUCGGGGCCAAAGUCGCUCUUUUAUCGUAUUUAUUGUUCAUUCUUUUAGGAUCCUUUGUAUUAGUUUUGUAUCGUUAAAUCGAUAGACCAGCUUGAGAAUAUCACGAGUGAUAGAAAGCUUCGAUCAUUGAAAUUCUUUUUUGUUUCUAUAUACUCAUGGAUUUGCAUAUUUCGUGAUAUUUAGUUCUUGAGUUAUGUGUCAAGACUCUGAAGGUAGUAAUUUCUCGAGGAAUCGUAGAUAUACAAGUACUGCAAACUAUCAGCAAUCUUACCCUAGAAGCUCUAAUGGGACAAUCAACAGAUCAGCUUCUUAUCCUAUGAGGCUGAAGGAAUACCGAUUAAAUGGUCAAACAAAAUCUAAAUUACAGAGCCUGGCAUUUAAUCCUUCUCAAGCAAAGUUGAACCCUCCAGAAGAAGAAUUCGAAAAAGUUCCAAGAAAAAUAUGCUCUUCCGUGGUACCAGCUUCUCAAUCAGAUACCAGGGCACUUCAUGACUCAGAAAAUCUGAUACAUGAAGAAAAUGCUUCAUCCAGUAUGUAUUCUAAAGACAAGGCUUUGAAAGAUAAUUUUACGGAAUUAAACAAAAAUGUCGAAAAGGGUUCGCUCAAUUUAGAGAACUUGUCUUCGGACACAGGAGAAUCAUUAAAAUCCACCAAAAAGGUUCAGCUUACACCUGGCUCUAUACUUAAUAUGUCAAACAUGAAUAAUAAGCGAAGUUUGGAGAGGAGCGUUUCUGAUAGUAAGAAGCUCUCUCCAAAGCGAAAGAAAAAUGAGUUUUCGGGUUCUUACAAAAGCUCCAAUUCUUUUAAUGAAGAGAAUCUAGAGUAUUACAGGCGUGGAAGUCCUUUGGAUAGGAUUCCUAGCCUUGUUUCUGUUAUCCAAAACGCCAAAUCCUCCAGUCAAAGUGUUAAAAGUGAAUAUUCAGCUUCUAAUGUUGAUGGCUCAGAUACAGAACUUGAUGAUGACCCAUUUGAGCUAGAAGAGGACGAUCUGGCUGCCCUCGAUUCGAUUGAAGUAGAGUACAAACAGAAAUCAAAGCAUGAAAGUCAUCAAAAUUCAGAGGAUGUAUCUCUUGAAUUACCAAGCAGGGUUGAUGACUCUGUACCUGCUUCUAGUCACGAUAGGCAGGUUGAUGAUUCUGAUUUCAAUCUUAAUCAGACGUCCAUUGAAGGUACUGGUGAAGAUUUCUUGGAUGAUUGGGAUGAUUCUUUCGAUAAUGAAUUACCAACGGUAAAGCCCUCCUAUAACUAUACGGAAUCGACUGUCAUUGAGGUAACGGGCGAUUUUUACAUCUAUAAUGAACGAAACUAUCCUCAGUUAAAACUCGUCUUGUAUACUGAAAAUGAAGAAACGACGAAACAAGUUUUCCUUCGAGAGGAUUGGGUAGAUAUUCCGGUGUAUAUAGGCGACUUGGUAUAUUUAGAGGUGGAAUCUAAUUCAUCAACAGAAAUCAUCAUUGAUAAUUCUAAGGGAUUCAUUAUAGUGCAUCCGAAAUUACUACUAUCGGCUACAGCUGUAGCUGAAACUUUUUCAUGUAUGCGCAAAGCAGCUCUCUCAGACAGAGUACUUAACUCUGGAUUGCCAACGAAGCCUACUGUUACUGGUAAUAUUCUUCAUGAUUUGUUCCAAAGUGCUCUGAAGAAUCAAGAAAAUGCUGUAACAAACAUAAACAAAAUCCUUGAAGAUUCGAUUAGUAAAUACACGACAGAUAUUUACUUUGCUAAUUUAACCAUUGAUGAAUGUCGAGAAGAACUAAGUGCUCGAGUUCCUCUCCUUUUGGAUAUCGUCAAGAAGUUUUUUCAUAAAAUAUGCACCGAUGAGUUAAAUCAGCAAAAAAAGAAAAUUUCUAUUCAAAAGCUUCUUGACGUGGAGGAAUCUAUAUGGUCUCCUCGAUAUGGAUUAAAAGGAAACAUUGACGCAACCGUUGAAGCCCUUCUGAAAAAUACUUCUGGAGAAACACUCACUUUAACGGUACCUUUAGAAUUAAAAACAGGAAAAUAUAUAAACAACAUUAGCCAUUUCGCCCAGAGUUUAUUAUAUACUUUGUUGGUCUCUGAUCGUUAUAGUAUUGAGAUUAAAAAAGCCCUGUUAUGCUAUUUAGAAAAUAGCAGUUUGAUAGAUCUGGAGGCUUCAAAGUCGCAGAUCCGUGGUUUACUUAUUGCCAGAAAUACUUUAGCUCAGCAUAACAUUCGUCGUUCUUUACCAACGAUGCUUAAAAGUGAACAUCAGUGUAAGCGUUGCUAUGCAAUUAAUGAAUGUUUUCUUUAUCAUAAAGCUUUUGAAAACGGAAAUUCCGAGACUUCAGGCGUCAAAGAUCUGUGGAAUUCAAUUGCAGACCAAAUUGGGGGAUUUGAGCUACAAUUUUUCAAGAAAUGGGAAAAAAUAGUGACACAAGAAGAGAACUUAACCCUAAAACGGAAGGGUGAGAUACUUACGACUGAUCUGUAUGAACUGGAAACGUUAGGCAAAUCGCUGUGUGGUCUUACAAUUAAAGAAGAAAAAAUCAUCCCUCUUGAGAUUGACGAGAACAUAUAUUAUUUUAAGCUUGGUUUAAAACGUCCUGGUCAACUGAAAAGCUUGGGUUUCAACGUUGCAGAUCGUAUUUUUGUUUCAGACGAAGAAGGGCAUUGGUCUUUAACCAAAGGUAUCAUCAAAGAUAUAAAAAAUGAUUACGUUUACAUACAGACAUUUCGCCAUUUAUUGACACCUUGGAAGAGGUUAGAUAAUUUUGAAGCUCAAAACAAUCAGGUAUUUUAUGGCAGUUACCAUAAGAAGGAACAUAAGUACCCCGAAGUUACAAAAACAUUUAGAAUUGAUAGAGAUGAGUUUUCAGGCGGAAUAGCUUCAGUACGCAGUACUUUAAUUGCUUGUGUUUUACCUGAGGCCCCAACUAUGAUUAAGGAUAUGAUUAUCAGGUUAAAGCCACCAACAUUUAAUCCUGCAAACUGUCGCUUAAAUCCUUCUCAUACAGAAGGACUAAACCAAGAUCAAAUAUUUGCGUUAAAGAAAUGCCAAGCUGCUGAUAAUUAUGCGCUUAUCCUUGGUAUGCCAGGAACAGGCAAGACUACGACAAUUGCACGGUUAAUUUUAUCAUUAUUAGAGAAAGGUGCCUCAAUCCUUUUGACAUCAUAUACGCAUUCUGCAGUGGAUAAUAUACUGCUUAAACUCAAACAUUCAAAUUAUAAUAUACUUAGGUUGGGUUCCAGUCAUAAAAUUCAUCCAAAAAUCAAGGAAUUUUGUCAUACGGCUGAUGAUGUACCAAAAGAUUUAGAGUCUAUCAGAGAGUUUUAUGAAACACCUCGGAUUGUGGCAUGUUCAGCACUUGGCGUAUACCAUCCUCUAUUUGAGGUUCGAAAAUUUGAUUAUUGCAUAAUUGAUGAGGCAUCUCAAAUAGCACUUCCUGUGUGCUUAGGACCUUUGAUGCAUACUGAGAAAUUUAUUUUGGUAGGGGAUCAUUAUCAACUCCCUCCUUUGGUGAAAAAUCCAAAGUCUGCGAAAGCUGGACUAUCUAAAAGUUUGUUCAAGCUGCUUUCAGAGAAACACCCAGAAGCUAUAGCAACCUUAAAGUUACAGUAUCGGAUGAACCAUGAUAUCAAUUCUCUAUGUAAUAAUUUAAUUUACAGCGGCAACUUGCUUUGUGGAUCGAAGGAAGUUGCCGUAAACAAGCUCUAUUUACCUAUAUACAAAAUACCCACUGACAAGGCUGGAGAAAAUAUGAAUAUGUUUUGGAUUCGCCAUUUACUUAAUCCGGAUAACUCUGUUGUUUUUUACAAUACUGAUUUACUUAAUAAUUUGGAAACUAAAAAGGACAGAGUAUUGGAAAAUCGGAUGGAAGCUACUCUGUUAGCUUGUGCAGUCCGCUCAUUGUUGACAAUGGGUGUAGACCAAAAACAUGUUGGUAUUAUAUCAAUAUAUAAAAGCCAAGUGAAUCUUAUUGAACAUGAAUUAAAAGCUCAUGAGCAAUUGGAAAUCAAUACUGCUGACAAGUAUCAGGGUCGAGAUAAGGAGCUUAUAUUCAUAUCAUUCGUACGCUCUAACUUAAGAAAAAAUGUUGGUGAUUUGCUACGCGAUUGGCACCGUAUCAACGUUGCUCUGAGUAGAGCAAAAGUGAAAUGUGUAAUGUUCGGGUCAUUAACUACAUUGUCGAAUUCAGUUGUAAUGAAUGAACUCAUUCAAUUGCUUUCAAAAAACAAAUGGGUAUACGAUAUUCAACCUAACGAUAUAAAGGACAUUCAAGAUGAAAAUAUAGUUACGACAAUGUACAAAUCAAAUCCGGUUGUCUAAUGGAAAUGAAAUUAUGCAAGCGGGUAAACAUUGGUAACUUUUUAAUUAACUCAAGAGUCAUUUACUUAAUUAAUGUCAGUUUUACUAGAUAAUUGAAUCUGGUAAUUGAAAAGCAAUUGCGAAUAACAUAUUUAUCUUCUACUAAACCCCAG